AUGCAUGCCUUUCCAGUCGAUCCACAACCUUCGACAAUUGGCGAGCAGUCGGUGCCCGCGAUGCAUGCUAAUGUCACGCUACAAUGCGACGCAACUGUCGUACGACCUCGACCACAGCCCAGCCGCUCUCUGCAACGUAGCGCGGAUAUUGCGGAGAUGCGGACCUUUGCUUCCGAGAGCAACAGUGUACAGCACAGUGUGGUUCACAUGCUGUCACCACGCUCUUACCGUUACGAGCCCAUCGAGGAGUAG